CGGAUGGUCGUGUGAUUCGUGUUGGAGGGGAAAGAUUUGAAGCACCUGAAGUUUUGUUUCAACCACAUUUAAUUAAUGUUGAAAGGUCAGGUCUCAGUGAAUUAUUGUUUGGGGUUAUACAGUCUGCUGACAUUGACACUCGACUUGAAUUUUAUAAACACAUUGUAUUGUCUGGUGGUACAACUAUGUAUCCCGGUCUUCAAAGCCGUUUGGAACGUGAACUAAAGCAGCUUUAUCUGGAUCGAGUUCUGCAAGGCAAUACUGAAGCAUUUCAGAAGUUUAAAAUUCGAAUUGAAGCUCCUCCAAGGAGGCAGCAUAUGGUAUUUCUUGGUGGUGCUGUACUAGCAAAUAUUAUGAGGGAUCGGGAUUCAGAUUUCUGGAUUUCGAAGGAAGAAUACGAAGAAAAGGGACUUGAACGAUGUUUGAGAAAGUUAGGCAUCAGGAAUUCACUUUUCAUGCCUGUCCGAUCCAUAUUAUCGAUGUCUGCUUCAAAAACUUCACCAGCUGAUGUGAUUGCACAAAGAUACGAUAAUAUCAUCAAAUCAAAGGAGGAUAAACGAGAAUAUCGAGGGUUGGAACUGACAAAUGGACUUCGAGUUCUUUUGAUUUCGGAUUCGAAGACAGAUAAAAGUGCGGCAUCAUUAGAUGUUAAUGUGGGUCAUUUGAUGGACCCGUGGAACUUGCCCGGAUUAGCACAUUUUUGCGAGCAUAUGCUUUUCUUGGGUACUGAUAAAUACCCAUCGGAGAAUGAAUAUAGUAAAUUCAUAUCAUCGCAUGGUGGAAUAACAAACGCUUAUACAGCUACUGAUCAUACGAAUUAUCAUUUCGACAUUGCACCUGAACAUUUGCAUGGAGCUCUAGAUAGGUUCGUACAAUUUUUCUUGUGUCCACAAUUUACGGAAAGCGCGACCGAACGCGAAGUGAGAGCUGUUGAUUCGGAAUUUUCCAAUAGUCUUUUUAACGAUCAAUGGCGCAUGUUACAAGUUGAAAGAUCACUAUCAAAGCCUUCACAUGAUUAUGGUAAAUUUGGUACUGGCAAUCGUACAACACUUAUGAUUGAAGCAUUGAAAAAUGGAAUUCAACCACGGAAAGCGCUAUUGGAAUUCCAUAAAACAUAUUACUCAUCGGACAUAAUGUCAUUUGCCAUUUUGGGGAAGGAGUCACUGGAUGACCUGGAGCAAAUGGUUACAUCGCUUAGCUUUGGAAAUAUUGAAAAGAAGAAUGUGUCGCGAAAAACUUGGAGUGAAGGACCAUAUGGUGAUGAACAGUUAGGAGUUAAAGUUGAGCUGGUGCCUGUGAAAGACCUAAGAUAUUUAACCCUGACAUUUCCGAUUCGCGAUUAUCGAGAUGAUUAUCGGUCUUGGCCUGCUCAUUAUGUUUCACACCUGAUAGGUCAUGAAGGUCCGGGAUCACUGUUAUCUGAGCUUAAGAGGCGUGGUUGGGUUAAUUCAUUAUCAGCUGGUGAUCGACUUUUGGCUCGGGGAU